AUGGUCGCCCGACGCACAGGGACUGAGGUAGAUCCUCGGGAUACCGUGGUCCUCACACUAACAGAUUGCUUGUCCGGGCUACUGUUUCUUGACUGGGACCCGGCGCUUCGUUUCCCCGGGCUAGAUCUCCUUGAUCUAGGUUGCUUUGUCGAGGCGAGUCUCGAAAGGGGCUCUGCGAGUCUGCGGGAACUCAAAUCUACAUAUGAAGCCAACGGAGUGUCAUUUUGCGAAGUUAAGCUAAACCUCCGCUUGGUAGGUGAACCAGCACGCUUCGAAGGCGACAGCGAUUCUUGGAUGGUGAAUGAGGCCUCGAGUUGCUCAACCAUAACAACUUCAUGGAGGCCAUUGGACUCUUCCUCGGGCGGACGUAAGCCAUGUCGAUAUCUGCGGUGUCCAAAAACGGGACAUCGUGAAUCUAUUUGCGGAUAG